GUAAGCCUUACGCCCAGGCGAGCGAGGAAGCUUCCUAAACCUCGGACACGGAGAAAUUUUAUUCGACGUGAAACUUCUCAUCACCACCAACACUUUCCUGAAACUUAAAUAUCAUUAGUUAACGGAAAACACCUGUUGACUUGUGACUUGGGCCUCUUUGCGACUGGCCACACGCGUUUUUGCAUUCAACGCAUUUGAUACUUUAAAACGCAAGCUGCAGAUAAUUAGAUAGAACUGAGGACGGAGCAGGAGGCGGUGCAGCGCCCUAAACAAUGGUGGCUGCCAGCUUCGGCGCCCAGGCGAACGCGCUGCUGCGUAAAAGCGCCACCUAUCAGAAGCGCAAUGUGCGGACCAACAUCUGCCUGCUGUCCAGUCCCAUCUUCUUCUGUUUGCUACUGCUCAUCAUUCGCAUCCUGGUCAACAACGUCUUCCUGACCGGGCCUGACUUCGAGUGCGGCUGCCAGUGCCUCUCAUGCUGCAAGAACGGCACCUGUGAGAAGCUGACCCAGGGCUAUUGCGACACGGACGCUGGCUACACCUGCGACUCCAAGAACAGCUCCGCCUGCGGCAUCGCCUACAGCAGCCCGCAGCAGUCAGCCUUCUGCGCCAUCCCCAACCCCAGCACCUGGCCCCCCGUGCUGCAAACCCCCACCGCCAACAACCGCGCCCCGCCGCACAAGCCUGCCGUAACCACCAUGGUCACGGCGCCGCGGGGUGGGCAGGCGGGGCAGCUGAACUCCAGCGAGUUGGUGCCGGGUAUCUACACCGUGCCAUUGCCCAUGGACAACACCACCUUCCUGAAUGAGUUCCUCCCGGAACUCAUCAGCGCAGAUGGGACCGUGAACGGGCACCUGUUCUCACAGUGGGGCUUCACAUUUGGCACUGCGGCGGAGGGCGGUCAGAACCAGUACAUCGAGCGGGCCUUCGCAAGCGACUCCGUCCUUAACUUCCUGCUGCCCAACAUUGUGCCCGGCGUCAACUGCUCCUCCAUCUACAGACAGAUUGGUGUGGGCCUGGCGCCCCAGCCGCUCAUCAACAUCCUGACGGGGGUGGUGUUCGUCACCACUAACACCUUGGUCACGCAGGACCAGGUGGAUGCCGUGCUGGAGGGGCGGCCCGUCAUCGCCGACUUCCUGGACAAGAUGACGAUUUGCUCGGACGUCAAGUUCAGCGUCAUGCCCAAUGACACCGCCAUCGACGACGCCCUCUACUGCGGCUACUACCAGUCCCGCUGCAACGGCUCCGCAGUGACCGCCCAGUUCCCGCCGGCCUUCGAGUACCCCUCCGCCGCCGCCGCCGACGCCGUGGUGACCGUCUACUACAACGCCACCUUCCUCACCGCUGACAGCAGCGGCAGCGGCCAGGACGCCUACAACCGAGUGCAGCUGCCGCUCAGCGGCGGCGUCAUGGCCUGGUACUCCGGCAAAUUUGGUUUCCCCAACCUGCCCAAGCUGCUGGGCAUCAUGAGUAUGCCCAAGGUGGCAACCAAGCUCAAGCUGGACUUUUCAAACCUGCUGGGCCCGCUAUUCUAUACCUGGGUGGUGCAGAUGCUUCUGCCCACCUUCCUGCAGCAGCUGGUGUACGAGAAGGAGAAGCGGCUGCGCAUGAUGAUGAAGAUGCACGGCCUGGGCGACGGGGCCUACUGGCUCAUCACCUACCUGUGGUACCUGAUGCUGUACGUCAUCUACAUGAUCAUUUUCAUGGUGUUCGGUGCUGGUGUGGGGCUGGAGAUCUUCCGCCGUACAUCCAUCGGCAUCCAGAUCAUUUUCUACUUCCUGUUUGGCAACAACAUGAUCGCUUUCAGCUUUGUCUUGUCCAGCCUGUUCGGCAGCAGCCGCACCUCCACAGUGGUCGCCUUCAUCUACGUCUUCGCAACCGGCCUCAUCGGAGAGCUGCUGCUCAAGGUGUUCAUGGAGAAGGAUGCCGCCUGGGUGUUCUUCAUUCAGUGGAUCCCAGCCUUCUCGCUCUACCGCGGCCUGUGGGAGAUGGCCGAGUACGCCUUCCUGGGCGUGUACCGCGACGAGUCGGGUCUGACCUGGGAGCGCAUGUCCGACCCCGGCAACGGCAUGUACGCCACCUGGGGCAUCUUCGUGGUGGAGUGGUUCGUGUUCAUGGUGCUGGGCUGGUACCUGGAGCAGGUGCUGUCGAGCGGCAACGGCAUCCGCCGCCACCCACUCUACUUCUUGGAGUGCUGCAUGGGCCGCAACAAGAAGCUCGACCGCCACGGCGCCGGAUCCCCCGGGGCGGCUGUGGAGAUGGGCCACCAGCAGCACACCGGCGGCGGCGGCUCGGGCAAGGGCAUGGGCGGCGAGGGCUCGCUCAAGAUUGCGGCAGGCGAGCGUGAGGACGUGAAGGCUGAGCGGCUGCGUGUGGAGCACAUGCCCGAGUCCGUGGCGACGCAGACGCCCAUCGUGGUGCGGGACAUUCGCAAGGUGUACCCGGCACAGGACGGCAGCAAGCCCAAGGUGGCGGUUCGCACCCUGACUAUGGCCAUUGAGCGCGGCGAGUGCUUUGGCCUCUUGGGGCCCAACGGAGCGGGCAAGUCCACCUCCAUCAACAUGCUGACCGGCUUCCUGGAGCCAAGCGGCGGCACGGCCACGGUGGAGGGCUUGGACAUCCGCACCCAGAUGAACGCCAUCUACGCCAACAUGGGCGUGUGUCCGCAGCACGACCUGCUGUGGGAGCAGCUCACAGGGGAGGAGCACCUGCUGUUCUACGGCCGCCUCAAGGGACUCAAGGGCCCGGAGCUGCUGAACGCCGUGACUGCCGGCCUGCGCUCCGUGAACCUGUUCAACGGCGGCGUCGGCUCCAAGCAGGCGCAGAAGUACUCGGGCGGCAUGAAGCGGCGGCUGAGUGUGGCCAUCAGCUUCAUCGGGCAGCCCAGGGUGGUCUACCUGGACGAGCCCUCCACGGGCCUGGACCCCGCCUCCCGCCGCAACCUAUGGGAGGUGGUGCGCUCCAACAAGUCGGACCGCGCCAUCAUCCUCACCACCCACUCCAUGGAGGAGGCCGAGAUCCUGUGCGACCGCCUGGGCAUCUUCGUGGACGGCCAGCUGGUGUGCAUCGGCAACCCGCGCGAGAUCACCUCGCGCUACGCCGGCUACCUGGUGUUUACGCUGACGGUGGCUCCCGGCCACGAGGACGCUGCCAAGGCCUUUGUGAUGCACAUGAGCCCCAACGCGCGCCUCACCUACGAGCUGGGCGGCACCGUCAAGUACGAGCUGCCCACCGCCGACGUCAGUCUGGCGCGCGUGUUCGACGCCAUGGCCACCGCCAAGACCCAGAUGCAGGUGUUGGACUGGGGUGUGGCCAAUGCGACCCUGGAGGAGGUGUUCAUCAAGUUCGCGCGCGAGAUCGGCGCGGAGACAGAGGGCUAGACACUUGCACUUGGGGAGGGAGAAGGGUGUGUGCUGAUAGGUAACAACCGCUACAUUAAAAAGGUUGCGUACUUGAGUGGGUUGAGAGUGCAAGAGGAGAUGGCGAAUGAAGUGGACUGAAGGCGGCCUAAGCUGGCCAGGUAAGGCCGCGACAGGAGCAGGGACACGGCUGGGGUGGAGGGAGUGUGGACGCCAGUGAUGGGGUGAGGGGGUAAGCCGUUGAGGGCUGGAAGGUAGAGAGGUGCGUGUGAACAGAGCAAGGCCUUGGGUGCAGUCACCAUGCCCGUUUCGCUGCGCGAUACAUCUGUAGAGUACAUACGGUCAGGGCAGCUUGCCAAUACUGUGUGUGUACCGUAUGUGUGCGUGUGUCGAGGGAGGAGAGGGUGCAGGCGUCCAAGAGGCAAAACGGAGGAUUGCGGGUGGCGGUGCCAGGAGCGACACCCAUGCAUGACAUGGUAUGGAUGCACCGUCGUGGGCUUUGCAGCUGUAUGAUUGUUGAACUAAAGCCGCUUUACAAACAAUUCUUUCCUGUGAUUCUGUGGUUCUGUGGGAUAGUGAGACGGUACGCCCCGCAUGUGAUAUUGUGAGCUCCGUCGGGCACGCCGUCGCAUACCGUACUAAGAAAGACUGGGCAGUGUUGAGCGGGCUGCGUGGGGUCACCACAGCACCUCUGGAUCCUGUCUCAGUGUUAGCUUAGCAAACUUGUUGUGCAUGCUCGUGAGCUAUAGGGAGAUGUGUGCCUAUGGCCGGGGGUCUGUGCAGUCUGCAUAAUGCUACCACAUAUGACUGUUCACAAGCGUUCCACUCAUGGUAUCAGUGAUUGCAUUUAAAGACACCUGCU